GAUUAAAUCAAAUAUAUAUAAAAUGAAUAUAAUUGCAAUCAACUAUUUAAUAUUAUUUACAUUAAUUUAUUUGUUAACAAAUUAUGUUGAAUCACAUGAACCACAAAAUUUCAAAGAUGUUAUCGGCGGUAGUCAUGAACCACAUAUUCAUCCAGCAGUCCCUCAUCAGCCCAUACAGACAUCCGAACAGUUAGCUCAACAAACUGGUCAAACAUCCGGUACUGACCAACUGUGGGCUAAAUAUGGAACUGCGGGAUUUAUGCACGACAUGAAUCAUUUGCGUGAAGAAGCGUCCAAUUUAUUAUAUUUACAACAAUCGGAAAAAAUAAGUAACGAUGAAUCGGCCUUUUAUUACACCAAAUUGCAUGACUUCAAUAGCGAUGCAAAACUUGAUGGAUUGGAGCUUUUAUUAGCCGUUAGACAUUCAUUAAUACAUCACAACUCUACCUAUGAAACGGUUCCACUCGAAGAUCUUUCUGGAUAUGUUGACACAGAAAUUAAUUUAAUGGACUUAAAUAAUGAUGGGUUUGUCGAUUACGGAGAAAUAUACACAUAUAUGGAGAAACAUAAAUCAGAGAAUCAGAAUAAAAACAAUUAA